UCUAUCAAACACCGUCAAUGGCGUCUCGUUUGCAAGUGCCUUAAAAUCAGGCUUAGAAAACCGUGCCCCUGCAAGAACUCAUGCGAAAUCAAAAUACGCUGCUCAACCUGCUUGCUACUCAGCAAACAAGAUAAUGACCUUACUUAAAAUAGCCCACUUGAAUGCAAAUGGCAUUCCUCACCACAAACUAGAGCUGUCAAAAUUUCUUAAGGACAAGGAAAUUGACAUAAUGCUCCUUGCUGAAACACACCUCACUAAUAGAUAUAAUUUUGGCAUUUCGGGAUAUACCUUUUAUUGCACGAAUCAUCCAGAUGGAAAGGCGCAUGGCGGAACUGGUAUUUUAGUCAGAAACCGGAUUAAACACCAUCAUUUGACUGGAAUUGCCGAGAAUUAUCUGCAAGCAACAUCAAUAUGCGUACAAACAAAGCAAGGUGAUAUUACGCUGUCCGCGGUUUAUUGUCCCCCACGUUUCACGAUAACAGAAAAACAGUUUAUGGAUUUCUUCAGUUCGCUGGGAGAGCGCUUCCUUGCUGCAGGUGAUUAUAAUGCGAAGCACCCUCACUGGGGCUCACGCUUGUCCAACCCGAAAAGCAAGCAAUUAUAUAACGCGCUUAUAUGUAGAAGAAACAAACUCGAUUACGCUUCUCCUGGAAAGCCUACAUAUUGGCCGGCAGACCCGCAAAAGUUGCCAGAUUUGAUUGACUUUGCGGUGACAAGGAAAAUUCCUCGCGGCCUUAUUAGUACAGAAUCAGUUGCUCAGGUACAAAUUUCAGCGGCUCACAUUUUGACACAUUGGGUACGGGUGGAAGUUAAAAAUCAUUAG